AUGGGCAAGUUCAUGAAACCUGGGAAAGUGGUGCUUGUCCUGGAUAGAAGCUACUCCGGACGCAAAGCCGUCAUCAUGAAGAACAUUAAUGAUGGCACUUACAGCCCUUCUAGCCAUGCCCUGGUGGCUGGAAUUGACCACUAUUCCCCGAAAGAGACAGCUGCCACAGGCAAGAAGAUAAUCGCCAAACUACCAAAGAUCAAGUCUUUUUGGAAAGUUUAUAACUACAAUCACCUCAUGCCCACGAGGUACUCUGUGAACAUCCCCUUGGACAAAACUGUUGUCAACAAGGAUGUCUUUAGAGACCCAGCCCUGAAAUGCGAGGCAAGGAAGGAAGCCAAGGUCAAGUUUGAGAAACGAUACAAGACAGGGAAGAACAAAUGA